AUGUGGAUUUAUUCAUUAAAAAAGGAAGGUGGAGGGGUGGAGGUGGAUAAAAUUCGUAGAAAAAUUUCCAAAUUAAAGCGCCAACAAAUGGAAGAAGAUCGUCGGAAACAGACAGAAUCCAAGGCCAAAGAGGAGGAGAUCAGAGAUAUUGGAUUAAACGGAUUUUGCAACCUUCACAUUGUAGAGGCGAGAGAAAGACAAGAGAGAGAACAAAGAGAAAAAGAACAGAAGCUAGCCAGGGAGUUAGAAGAACCAUUAAAGGAACCUUGGAGAAAAAUAUCUUCAAAAUUUGAAGAUCCAUGGACUCGGGAGUUUAAAGAGGAACUUCUGCAGAAAAUAAAUGCCAUAAAACCAGCUGGUGGCAUAAAAUAUUUUAAUAUUUUACUCCUUGGACAAGCAGCUUCUGGAAAAUCGUCAUUUUUCAAUACCUGUUUAACUGCCAUAAUAAACGAAGACAGACUAGUGACAUCAAGCCUGAUCUACCAAAGUAGUAGUAGAAGUGUAACCACAGCUUUGGAAGCAAUUCCAAUGAAAACAAAGGAGGGCAAGAUUCUCCCGUUGCGGUUAUUUGAUUGUAGGGGACUGAAUGUUGAAUACGGAGUUCCCACAGAGGACAUUAGAGCAAUCGUUGAAGGACGUGUUAAAAGUGGAUACAAGAUUAAUCCAGUGGCUCCUAUAGACGAAGAUGAUCCUUAUUAUAGAAAGGACCCAGAAACAAAAGACCGCAUGCACUGUGUUGUGUAUGUUGCCAACGCUGAGAAUCCUGCUGAACAACUGACGGAUCACAAGACUGAGGAACAAUUACGAUAUGUCAGGGAAAAUCUAGCCAGACAGCAUUUGCCACAGAUGGUUCUUUUCAAUAAGGUUGAUAGGCUUCGCAUUUCCAACACACAUAACUUGCGGGAUAUCUUUCGAAGUCAGGAUGUUAAGGAUACAUGUACGAAAGCUGCCGAGUACAUGCAGAUUCCAUUAACGCACGUUUUUCCAAUGGCAAACUACCACGAGGAAAAUCUUCCUACACUGGAGAAGGACAUCCUAGCCCUCUUCUAUCUCUUGACCAUGAUGCAAAGGGCUAAUGAUUUUAUACUUCGUCUUACCAAGGAUGAUGUACCAGAUGAUUUUUAUGAUUAACAUUUGUGUAAUAUGUCUG